GACGACGACGAAGAAGACAGAGACGGCUACGGCGGCGGCAGCUCGUUUAGCCCGAGGAUGGAAGGAAGGAUGGUCUGGACGCGCGCGUACCUGCUGCUGGCCACGUUGCUCUGGGAGCUGGCCCUGGGCUUCAACCUCGAGGCACGCAUACCAGUGUUGAAGAGGGGCGCGAGCGGCAGCUACUUCGGCUUCUCCGUGGCCGAACACCAGGAGGACCGCGGCGACACCACGCCAAGAUACAUUAGCUGGAUGCUGAUCGGCGCGCCUCUCGACCAGAACAGGCAACCGGGCACCAAUAGGUCCGGGGCGCUUUGGCAGUGUCCCAUGACGACCAACAGCAGCGACUGCGAGCAGAUCAUCACCGACGGUCGCAUAAGCGAGAGCAGUCAGUAUGAGUCAAGUACCGAGACGGACGAGCUGACACGGCCGAGCAGCAACGAGGUGAAGGAUGGACAGUGGCUCGGCGUUACGGUGCGCAGCGCCGGCAUCGGCGGCAAAGUCAUGGUAUGUGCUCAUCGUUACAUCGUGAAAAACAAGGAUUCUCAAUGGGGACAAGGUCAGUGCUACAUAUUCACGCAAGAUUUGAAGUAUCAAGAGCUAAAGAAACCAUGUUCCGGAAAACCGACGAUAAGGGCCCACGAGCAAUUUGGAUACUGCCAGGCCGGGACGAGCGGGGUGCUAACGUCCACCGACAAUUACGCCGUGAUCGGGACCCCGGGUCCGCACACGUGGAGAGGGACCCUCUACGUGAUCACCGUCUCCGACGACUUCAUACAUAAGGAUACGGUCGUUUACAGCUCGCCCAUGCAGGAGGACUCGCCCGUUUCCAAGUACAGCUAUUUGGGUAUGUCCGUGACCGUGGGAGACUUCUUUGGGAGUGGAUUGGCGUACGCCGCCGGAGCUCCGCGUUCGAAUGGCACUGGACAGGUCGUCCUUUUCACCCGUCAUUUUCAAAAGCCCAUUAUGGAAAUUACGCUGACACUCAACGGCGAACAGUUUGCUUCGAGCUUUGGAUAUGAACUUGCAUCCGCGGACGUUAACGGCGACAAACAAUCGGAUUUAAUAGUGGCAGCCCCAUUUUAUUAUGGUAAGAAGGAAGGUGGCGCCGUUUAUGUUUACACGAAACUUUGUAAAAAUCCGAAGGACGGCGAGAAAUGCAAGCCGACGAAAUUAAUUGGACGCGAGGAGUCAAGAUUUGGAUUUGCUUUGACGAAUUUGAGGGACAUAAAUAAUGACGGGUUCGAAGACAUUGCCGUAGGUGCCCCCUACGAAGGUAUGGGGACGGUCUACAUUUAUUUGGGCUCGAAAAAUGGGUUAAUCACAGUGCCGUCGCAGGUAAUACACUCGGAGAGUACUCCAGUGCCGUUAAAGACAUUCGGUUACUCGCUCAGUGGUGGAUUAGAUAUGGAUUUAAAUGGUUACCCAGAUUUAUUGGUCGGGGCGUACGAAGAGGAUGCAAUUGCUUUGUUGCGCGCCAGAAGAAUAAUCGAUAUUAUAACGUUUGUACGAUUCCCUAGAAAGGACGGUACUUAUCAAGAUAAAAUGGAGCCGAUCGAUCCCAAUAAGAUCGGCUGCUUUGACGAUCCGCUAUCAAACUACACAUGCUUUUCGUUCGAGGCGUGUUGUAAGACAGCUUCGCACGUUAAGGAGGAAUACGUAAGAUCGUUAAAAUUGAUGUCGUACAUCGAAGCCGAGACUUAUGCAGGAACAAAGAAAUUUUCUCGCAUGUGGUUUGGCGACGGAAAUAACCGGCCACACUUUCUUAGUCGCAUCGCUACUUUAGACUCCAAGAAUCUCAUGUAUUGUCAAAGAGAAACCGUGUACUUGAAGGAAAAUACCAGAGACAUUCAAUCGCCUGUUAAAUUCCGAUUGAACUAUACGCUUAUUCAGGAUGAGCCGGUAAUGCCACCCGAGGGAGCACCCAUGCCAGACAUAAAUAAUUAUCCGAUUUUAAAUCAGCAAGAGGCAGCGCGUAUUUUCGAGGCAACCUUCCAAAAAGAUUGUGGAAACAAUGACAUUUGUGAAAGUGAUUUGAGACUAUCGGCCAACCUGAAUCUUCAGGCUUCACCGACACAAAGGAAUUAUUAUGAACUGCUGUUGGGAGAAAGUGAAGAAUUAGUAGUGGAUGUGAAUAUCACGAACGUGGGUGAAUCCGCCUACGAGGCGCAAUUAUUCCUCGUGCAUUCGCCUAGCUUGAGUUACAUUGGAACCAAGCAAAAUGAUUCUGCAAUAUGCAGUUUGCACAACAGCACCGUUAUAUCAUGCGCUAUUGGAAAUCCCUUUAAAAAAGAUAAGUCUGUAAAUAUACAAAUAAGAUUCGAUCCGAAAUACGUAGAAGACAGCGAAGUAACGCUAGAAUUUGUCGCAUAUGCUAAUUCAACGUCCAAGGAAGUGAGCGCGAAGAAGCCGACGCACUUGCAGGCCACAGUUCUGAAACGAGCAGAAUUAUCGGUUAAAGGAAGCGCCAAAACACAAUGGGCCUUGUAUGGAGGGUCUGUGAUCGGGGAAUCCGCAAUGAAGAAAUUAAACGACGUUGGCCCAAAGGUCGCUCAUGUUUAUCAAAUAUUUAACGAUGGCCCGUGGAAAGUCAGCAAGCUCGACGUUUUAAUCUCCUGGCCUUAUGAGGUUGCCAAUGAUAAACACCAUGGGAAGUGGUUACUGUAUUUAGAAGAUACGCCGAUAGUGCAAGCUCCGGGAGGUGAACGCAUUGGCGAGUGUCAUGUACCAGCGGGUCAAGUGAAUUCGUUAAAUUUACAAAGCAGUAUUGGGUUAGAAGACAUAGAUCCUCUAUUUCCACAAAAGCCUUUGUCGCCAUUAGAUCUUAAUCAGACGAAUCACAUUAGAAGAAGACGCGAUACAGAGAAAGUUAUCGCGAUGAAAAUUAUGAUCGACAGAGAUGGACAUCAUCAUCAAGUCGUGACCAUGAAUUGUAAAACAGGGACAGCGAAAUGUUUCGACAUUACGUGUUCUAUUUCAAGUUUACAAAAGAAAGAAGAAGCUACGAUUAUAGUUAAAGCAAGAUUAUGGAACUCAACAUUAGCUGAAGAUUAUCCAAAAGUAGACAGAGUAAAUAUUGGAUCAAGUGCCAAAAUUAUCAUACCUCAACAAGUUAUAAUACAACAAAAUAAUUUAACCGAUGAUACUGCGGAGGCCAUAACGAUCGCUUAUCCGGAUCUAUUAGAUCAACAAGAACCCGAGCCAGUGCCUAUCUGGAUAAUAAUUGUGGCUGUGGUAGCGGGUCUACUACUUCUAAUUCUACUCACCUUAAUUCUAUGGAAAUUGGGUUUCUUUAAUAGACGAAGGCCUGAUCAUACGCUAUCCGGUAAUCUUCAGAAGCACAGAGAGGAUAAUCCGGAAAACGAAGCGUUAGUCAAGCACUCGGCAAAUUUACAUUGAAAAGUUGCGUAGGCUUAUUUGACGAUGGUUAGAUUACCUUUUCGUUGAUAACUUGAUUGUUAAAUGGUAAUCGAAUACCGGUUUUUUAAUAUUAAAAAAAGUACGUAUUUAUAUAAAUAUUAUAUGUAUGAAAUGUUACGAGAAAUUUAAUCAUUUAAGAGAAAGUGCUGAUCAAUAUUACCAGCGAAAUGGUUACGAGCUUUUAACACUUAUAUUAUACUCCGAAACAAAAGCAAAACAAAACAGAUGCAAAAACAAAAGG